GGCGAAACCGCGGAGACGGUAACGAACGGUAUUUCUCUUGCAGAGCUGUACCAAACUGGAAUUCUGCAACUUACACGUUUCGUCUUCAACUUCCGACGCGUAUCUUUUCAUUUCUUCAACCCCAAAGCAUUCCAGAACCCUAAAAAUACAUCACCUGCCACCUUCCAUUUUCUCCCUCUCUCUCUCUGGUCAGGAAAUAAGAAGAAGAUCCAAAAUCCUAGAAAAUGUACUCUCAGCAAAGCUCUAGAAACCCUAAUUCCCUCUAUCCAGAAGUCAUCCAAUCCAACCCAGAGCAGAACUCCCCCUUCAUCUCAACCCCUAAUCAAUCAUCAUCGUCUCUCUAUCCCACUGUCGGUUCGUCGCAGCAGCCGAUCUCUCAAUCAUCUCAAUCUUCGUCCUUAUAUCCAUCCAUCGACAUGACAGACCUUGCCGAGAACCUCUUCCCCGACACCGGCCCGCCCGCCCCUGUUGAAUCAUCGGAGCAGAUCGUCAUCAAGAUCCCCGGCGCCAUGGUCCAUCUUAUUGAUAAGCAGCGGAGUGUGGAACUUGCCUCGGGUGAAUUCACGAUCGUCAAUCUCUGCCAGGGUGGGAAUGUCGUUGCCGUCCUUGCCCGUGUUGGUGACGAAAUUCAGUGGCCGCUGGCUAAAGAUGAGGCCACUGUGAAGCUCGAUGACUCCCACUACUUCUUCUCCCUCCGGGUCCCGGCCUAUGAUGGGCCGGGCUCUGCUGACGAUAUUAGUGGCAUGGAUUCAGAGGAUCUGCUUAAUUAUGGCCUGACAUUUGCGUCGAAAGGGCAGGGGGGGAUGUUUAAGGAGCUGGAUAGGAUUUUGGAGAAUUAUAGCAGUUUUUCGGUCCAGAGGGUUUCAGGGAAGUCAAAAGUGUUGGAUGGAUCAGUGGCAAAGGAGGUUGCGCCGGCAGAGAUGGAGUCGGAGGCAAAGAAGGAGAUGAUGGAGAAGCAAUCAGCUGCAUACUGGACGACGCUGGCACCGAAUGUGGAGGAUUACAGCGGGUCCGUGGCAAGGGCAAUUGUGGCAGGGUCAGGGCAACUGAUAAAGGGGAUUCUGUGGUGUGGGGAUGCAACGGUUGAUAGUUUGAAUUGGGGGAAUGAGCUAUUGAAGAGGAGGAUGGAACCGAAUGCAAAGCCUGCGGAGGUCAGUCGUGAGGCGAUGAAGAGGAUGAAAAGCCCUGGUUAUCAUCCCAAAGCAUCAAUCUUGUCCUACUACAACUGUAAAAGGGUGAAAAGAGUAACAAAAAUGUCAGAGAAAGUGGCUACUGGAGUCUUAAGUGGGGUGGUGAAGGUCUCUGGAUUUUUCACGAGUUCUGUUGUAAAUUCAAAAGCAGGCAAGAAGUUCUUCAGUCUCUUGCCAGGGGAAAUUAUCCUUGCUUCACUGGAUGGAUUUAGCAAGGUCUGUGAUGCUGUUGAAGUGGCUGGGAAGAAUGUGCUGUCAACAUCAUCAGUUGUGACGACCGGAAUAGUAUCUCAGAGGUAUGGCGAUCAAGCAGCUGAGUUGACAAAUGAAGGCCUUGAUGCAGCAGGGCAUGCCCUCGGAACUGCCUGGGCUGUCUUCAAGAUACGGAAAGCGCUGAAUCCAAAGAGUGCCAUAAAGCCCACAACCCUAGUGAAAUUAGCCGCUAAAACUGCUCCUGCUGAAAUGAAGGCUAGGCAGGCGAAGUAGUGCAGCGAAUCAGUGAAUGGUGGUUCUUUCUUCAUGUACUAUUGAGUUGAUUGGAAUUGCAUGUUCUUUUGAUGAUCCUGUUCCGCGACCUCUUGUAAAACUCCAGCCCUUGUCUGCCAUAUAGAUUGUAGAUAUAUGUAAAGUUAAUGGAUUGAAUUGUUGUACUCA